AUGAGUUCAGUUAAUCUCAUUUUAAAUGCACCAAAAUUUGUUAGAAAACCUAAAAAAGCAGAAGAGUCUACAACCACAACACACGAAAUAAACAACGAACCAAAAACACAAUUAAAGAUGGACGCUAAAGUAUUUGUUCCAAAGAAUAGAAAAACUGUAAUAUCUACUAAAACAGAAGUUCCUUUUACUCGAACAACUAAAGUAGAAAAUCAAACUAUUGAUAUUCCUAAACCCCAAAAGAAAAUAAAUGAUGACACAAUAGAAGAUGUUGAUGAAAAAAUUCUUAGUACUGAAAAAACUCCAGCAAGAUCAUCUUCUGCAUUUGUUCCAGAAGGAAUAUUAACAAAUAGUCCAAUACCUAAACGUUUACCAACAAAACAAGAAGAGAAAUAUGUUCCACCAUCACCAAAAGUGAAAUACAUUUGUUAUACAUUACAAGAAAUAGAAAAUUUAAGAAGUAAAGCCAUUCAUUUAACUGAAAGUGAUGUUUCAAGAUUUAAUAAAAUGGCUAGUGAAAAUAAAAAGAAGAAACCUAUUGUACCAAAGAAUUUGUUUACUACACAAUUAAAUAAUGAUGAAUUAGUUCAAUCAAAGAUUCUUGCUAUUCUUAAUAAACUUAGUGAAGAACGUAUUGUUCCUUCUGUAUUAGCAGUUGAAAGUCUUUUAAAAACAAGUAAUGAAUUAUCAAUUUUCCUUGAUAUGUUAUUUAAAAAGUCUAUUAAUGAACCAAAGUUUGCAUCAUUAUAUGUUGAAUUCUUUAUUCAAGUUAAACGUAAUCCAAAAAUUUAUGAUAAAUUUGUUCAAGGAGAGAAUAUUUUAAUGAAAACAUUACUCGAAAAAAGUUAUCAAUUAUUCCAUGCUAUUCCUCAACCAAAACCUCGUAAAGAAGGUAUUACUCCAGAAGAAGAAAUUCAAUUAAAGAAUACAGAAGAAAUUGAAAAAAUAGAAUAUUUUGGUACUGUUCGUUUAAUUGGUAAAUUAUAUAUUCAAGGUGCUGUUGUUUUUAAGUUACCAAUAUUAUGUUGUAAUGAAUUACUUCAAGUUGGAAAUGACUUAACAAUUGAAGCAUUAACUAUUUUAAUUAAAGAUGUUUGGAAGAAUUUAAAGGAUGAAAACGAAGAAGAACUUCAAAAGAUUUUAGACCAAAUGAGAUUAACAGAAAAUAAUCACAAUUUAGCUAAAAGAACUCAUAUCAUUGUUCAAUUAUGUCUUGAUGAUAUUGAAGCUAAUUGGGUAUCUUCAUUUGUUGAAAGAUCUGUCUCAACACCUGUUAAAGGAAAUAUUUAUUGUAAAUAUGCUCCUAAAAAAACAAAUCCAGUUAAACCCACUCCUACUCGAGGUGCUCAUCGUAUUGAAAGAGAAAAAAAAGAAUAUGACUCAUCUACACCAACACAAAUGAGAACACCAAUUCCACAAACACCAACAUAUACAGCUGGUGUAUUUGGAGAACAAAUUAUAUCUAAAUUUAUUAAAAAUGAAAUACAAAUUGAAGAGAUAAUGAAAGAAAUUGAAAAUAGUAAUGCAUAUGGUGAAUGUGUUAAAAAAUUAGUGUCAAUGUAUGAAACUUGUAAUGAAAAACAAUUAAUUAAAAUUAAAGAACUUAUUACUCAAAUAUGUUGUGCAGAUUGUGAAGCAUUAUUAAAGGAUGCAUUAAUUAAUAUUAAAGAAGAUAAUGAAGGACUUGAAGGAGGAGCAUCAGAUGUAAUGGCAUCAUUAUUUAGUCAAAUGCUUAUUAAUAACAAAUAUCAAUGGGAAGAACUUGGAGGAUAUUUAGAUGAAAAAUUUGAAGAUGUGAUUAUGAAGAAAGCAGGAGUUAAAUCUACAUUAUAUGUAUUAUCUCAAAUUGUCCUUGAAAUGAUUCGUAAAAAAGGAGUUAAUGAAAUUAGCUCAAUUCUUAAAGAUAAAGAAGAAUUAUUUGAAGAGGUUAUGUGUUGUGGAUCAUUUGGAGCAUCAUUAUUUAGUGCAUGGAUGAAAACAAGUAGUGGAAGUAAUUUAUCUAUUAGAGAAGAAAAUGAAGAAAGAAUUAUUCCAGAAUUAAAAGAAGUAAUUCCAUUAUUAAAAAACCUUGGAGAAGGACAACAAGGAGAGUUUAAGAAAAUGAUUGAAAAAUUAUGGAUUGAUCCAAAUGAAAUGACACUAAAGAAAUUAGAAGAAAUCAAAAUAUUAUUAACUGAAAAUAAUUUACUUUAA